CUUCGACCCGAAAUUCACAAUGCUUCCAUUUCUCCUCCACCAACGAUGCCUCAGACGGAGCUCAGGUCUUCUGUCCGCAUUCUGCAGGUCGAAGGUGUUAGGAAAGCCCAAAAAAUGCUCUCAUAUGAUGCGGUACAUGUCCGCGAUGCAGCAGCCCGCAACGCAACCUGCUUGGAAAUAUUUCGACCGACCUCCGAAGUCUAUUCUUAUUGUGAACAAACUUCGGACACAGGCAGUCAUUCUGGCGAUUGAUGCAUUUCUCGACCACGUUCAUGCUACAUAUCCAGGUGUACGAGUAUUUCAUGAAGACAGGCUUGACAUACCUCACGGAGCAGAAGUGUGGCAUCCCGGACAUCCGGAAAAAAUUGACCUCGUAGUCACUCUGGGCGGUGACGGCACGAUUCUCCACGCCUCCUCCUUGUUCAGCUCUGGUGCGGUUCCUCCUGUUCUCAGUUUUUCCAUGGGCACUCUUGGUUUCCUUCUUCCAUUCCAUAUGGAUGAUUUUGCCAAGGCACUGGAAAGCGUGUUCCAAGGAAAGGCUACAAUUCUCAAUCGAAUGAGAUUAGCAUGUACAUUCUUUGACCAGGAUCGAGCCCAAAAAGAUGAUUCAGGCAACGAUUGGCAAGUCAUGAAUGAGAUUGCUCUCCAUCGAGGAUCUAGCCCACAUCUUAACACCAUUGAUAUUUUUGUGGACGGUCAGCAUCUGACGGAAGCAGUGUCCGAUGGCCUCAUCGUUUCUACACCAACUGGAUCUACAGCAUAUUCACUCUCUGCUGGUGGCCCGAUUGUACACCCAUCGCUCAGCGCUCUCGUCCUAACACCGAUUUGCCCACGAAGUCUUUCCUUCCGUCCGCUAGUCUUUCCGUCGUCAUCAACGAUCACAUUGCGAAUUGGUGACCGUAGUCGAGCACCUGCAGGGGUAUCUAUGGACGGAAGGACAUCUUAUGUCUUAAACCCUGGAGAGUCUGUGACUGUCCAGUCAUCUCCAUAUCCGGUUCCUUGUAUCAAUAGAUCGUCCAUUACGGAUGAUCACCCCACAGAAGACCGCAAAGGCGAGGGCGCACCUCCAGGAAAAGAAGACGAUUGGGUGCGGGAUAUCAACAACCUCCUCCAAUACAAUGCCACAUUCCGAAGCAAAGCCUUGCUCAGACAUAGUCGAACAUAAUGAUAGGCUUUUCUCCGCUUCGAUGUACUGUAUAUCAACCAA